AUGACGCGCGCUCAGCAGACAAUUUCGAUCGCUAUGCUCCUCACCUCCCUCUACCUCGCGGUGUUCAUGGAGGUAGUGUCUUUCCCCGAGAAGAUCCAGAAAGAAGUCGUUCCAGUGCUUCCGUUCUGGGCCCUCGUUUCCUUCGGCGCGUACCUACUCUUCAAGCUCGGCUGGGGAGUUUUCACCUUCAACGACGUCCCGGACGCGCAUAAGGAGUUGAUGGAGCAGAUAAAGCAGGCAAGGAAGGAGCUCUCCGCCAAGGGUGUGGAUGUUGGCUCGGAUUAG